UUGUGUCCCACAUGAAUGUUAUCAGGUUGCCUGUGGAGAAGUUUUGCUUUGAUGAAAGGACGUCUUUACCAGUUUAUUUAGCUCGGAGUAAUAUGUUACAGGAUGGUUCAUGGGCCACUGAUGUGGAGAUAUUUACUGCUGCUCAUCUUUUGGGAACGGAUAUUUAUGUUUACUCAGCUGGACACAACAACACUGCAAAUCCCAGAUGGCAUAAAUUUACAGGAAAGAUGCUGGAUAGAAAUGCCCAAGUUAGUGACCGAUCGUUCUAUAUUCAUCACAAGAAUGGUAACCAUUUUGAGGCAGUAUUGAGCGUUCAUCAGCCUGGUGAAACAUCUCUCAUGGAGAUGCGCACUAAAAACAACACAACAGAAUUUACUUGGCUUGUACGGGAAUUCAACCAGCAGCUACAAUUUGCUUCUAAGAAAAAACAGGUCAGUGUCAAGUGCCAAUCGUCUACACAGAUGGCUAAACAUCGCUUUAGUCAAACUCCCACAACAACGGAAACUCUCAAAACAACGGGAAAACAGUCGACAAAUCAAGAUCGCCUAUCCAGUGAAUCGAGUCAAACAGUACAAACGGAAGAAAGCAAGAUGGAACUUAAAAGAGAAAAAGAUCGCCCGAGGAAGCAACUGAGACGAAAAGACCCAGAAUUUAGGAAAAAGGAAGCUGUGUGGGAAAGCAAUUGCAAAAAGAAAAGAAGAGACGUUUCAGAGAUCAGAGACAAAGAGAGGGCAAAAGAGUUAGAAAGUGUACAUCGAAGAAGAAGUAACCCAGACUACAGAACUAAAGAAAAAGAAAAAGAAUUAGAACGUAUACAAAGAAGAAGAAGUAACCCAGACUACAGGAGUAAAGAAAGACAAAAAGAAUUACAAAAUACACAGGUUGGCAACAUUGAGGCCAGUUUGGAUGAUGACGAUGAUAUCAGUGGGUAG